CCUCAGAAGUCAAACCUUCUUGAAGGGAAGAAAAGGAAUUAAGGCACAGCCACAGGCAAUGUUUGCACCGCAAGAUCAAGAGGCACAGUCCUUCAGGCUGUUGAGUGGCCACACUAUACCAGCCGUUGGAUUGGGCACUUGGAAGUCUGGUUCCAAGGCCAGGGAAUCCGUUUUCACUGCAAUUGUUGAGGCUGGUUAUAGACACAUAGAUACGGCUCCAAUGUACGAAGUUGAACAGGAGGUUGGGCGCGGAAUCCAGGCUGCCAUGAAGGAAGCAGGGAUUGAGAGGAAGGAUCUCUUUGUCACUUCUAAGCUAUGGUGCACCGACUUGUCUCCUGAUAGAGUUCGAACUGCUCUGAAAAAUACUCUUCAAGAGCUCCAACUUGACUACCUAGAUCUUUAUUUGAUUCAUUGGCCCUUCCACGUUAAGGAUGGAGCCAGCAGACCUCCUAAAGCAGGGGAGAUAUUGGACUUCGACAUGGAAGGGGUGUGGAGAGAAAUGGAGAAGCUUGUCAAAGAAAAUCUCGUUAGGGACAUUGGCAUUUCCAAUUUCAGUCUGAAGAUCAAUAAGCUUCUGGGCUUUGCCCAAACCACUCCCUCUGUGUGUCAGGUGGAGAUGCAUCCUGGUUGGAGAAACGACAAAAUGCUGGAGGCAUGCAAGAAGAAUGGUGUUCAUGUCACUGCAUACUCACCACUGGGGUCAUCAGAAGGAGGCAGAGAUCUGCUCCAUGAUCAGACGGUUGAAAUGAUAGCAAAGAAGCUGAACAAGAGCCCAGGACAGGUGCUGGUGAGGUGGGCCAUCCAGAGAGGGACAAGUGUUAUCCCCAAAUCAAACAACCCCGAUAGGAUCAAAGAGAACAUCAAGGUGUUUGGGUGGAAAAUCCCAGAGCCAGACUUCCAAGCCCUCUGCAGUUUCCCGGAUCAAAAAAGAGUGCUGGAUGGUGAAGAGUUUCUUGUUAACAAGGAAGAAGGGCCAUUCAAAAGUGCAGCUGAUCUCUGGGACCAUGAGGACUGAUUGCUCUGUUUUUUCCAUUAGAUGAGUGGCCUUAUAAGCUGACCCCAACUUUUGGGGAAAAUAAAA